AUGUUGUGUCAAGUGGUGGGUAGAUAUGAUGCUUCCAGUGAGGCUGCCGCACUCGAAGCCAUUGAGAAACUGGAAGAGCAGGAACUCAACCCGCUACAACAACGAGCAUGCCACGAAGUGCUUCGUUCCUUUGUGGAGCAGGACGCACAAUAUGCCAAGUGGAUCUUGGCAGAUGUGGCAAGUGGGUAUCGCCAAGAUGAUAAGGCCGAAUGCAUCAAAAUCACCUCGGCUAACAUCACCAGCUGGAGGAAACCCAUAGCGGCAUGGAUACACGAACUAGGACCGGACCUGGUGGUGCUGCAGGAAACCCAUCUCAAGACGGAGGGUAUCCAGCAAGCCAUGAGCCAUUGCCAAGAUAUGGGAUACACCUUCAUUGGCAUGCCAGGCAGUACAAAAACUAAGGGUGUACAAGGAGGCCUGGCAGUGGUGGCACCCCGACAUAGGAACCUGCGAUACCUUACUGAGUAUGGGACAGGACCGGCGGGCUUCCUGGCAUGUGCCAUGAGAAAUAAAGGCUGGGAUUUGAUCAUCGUCAGUCUGUAUUUGGAGAGCGGGGUCGGAUUCCAGGCUCCAAACAAUAUCCAAGUACUGGCGAGACUGAUAGCCUUUCUCAAGGGCUGCAAAGUGCCAUAUAUGGUGCUGGGUGAUUGGAAUGAAGCCCAGGAUACCAUGAGGGGCACAACUCUGGCGACAGAAGUUGGUGGUGCAUUUGUUGGAGUGGGGGAACCAACGGCCCAAGGAUCGGACGAAAUCGAUUACGGGCUGGUUGCGAAAUGCUUGGUGCCCAUCCUGCAAGUGAAAACGGAUUGGGAAACCCCUUUUCGGCCUCAUGCUGCAAUGCAUUGGAGGGUGGCCCAACCGUGCAGUAGCCCUGAUGUUCCCCAGAUGAAGAAGGCGGGAGCACUGGUGACGGAGACUGUGGAAUAUGAACCAGUUCAAAACACACAGAGCAUCAACAUCUUGGAUGAACCCAAGAUGGUAGAUGAGCUCAGUGAGACAUUUGCUCACCUGAGUGCCGGUGUAGAGAGGUCGAUCACAGGCCGAAUCGACGGUAUGGGUGUUAAAUCGGAGAUUGUGCGGAAGAAAUUGGUGGUCAACAACCCGGUGAACGUUGUCUGGACGGGCAAGAGGGCGGCCUUUUGGAACCGGGUCCAACAAUGGGUCAAACAAGGCAGACAUCAUGGCGAUGCACAUCCGGUGGCGCGUCUGGUCCAACGCAGGCUCGGCGAGUAUUACGAGGGUGAUGCGCAGAACCAGGAGGAUAUGCUUGCGAGUAUCCUGGGCCGGGGUACGGACGCUAGGCUUGUUCUGAAGCGCAUCGACGAACAGCAAUGCUACGCGAGAAAGGCGGAUAUGGAGGAGACAGCCCACCAGUACAAGCAAUGGCUCAGUAAGGCCAUGGAAAAGGGCAUGCGACCAUUAUACAAUGCCUUGCGAAAAGAAGAACAAGUGGUACACAGACCCUACAUGGAAUAUGACAUGCUGGAACGGCCACACAUUCGCCGAGACCACUGGGCGGCAGUGUGGACGACGGGCCAACCGUUGGCAAAAUCGGCCUCGCUCAUGACGGAGCUUGAGGAUGCAGCCAAAAAACAAGCGGCCAGCGUGGAGCCGCUGAACCCUGUCGAGGUCAAGGCAAGGAUCAAAAAACUGGCACUAAAGAGCCCGGGGCCGGAUGGCUGGAGGAUUGACCAUUUGCAGGCCAUGGACGAUAAACCAGUUGAAGCCGUUGUGUCCUUCUACCAUGAAUGUGAGGCCAAGGCAGCAUGGCCGCAGCAAAUGACAGUCUCCCUUAUAGCAAUGCUGCCGAAGAAUCUGACCCGGGAAAGACCAAUCGCCUUGCUACACAUCCUGUACAGGACUUGGGUCCGUCUGCGCUGGGAUUUGGUAAGUACUUGGCAGGCCGGCUAUGCCACAACUGCCACGUACGACAAGGCAGUCCCAGGCAGUUGCUGCUUGGACGUGGCCGUAGGCAGACUACUGCGAAAUGAGGUGGCAAAGACAAAUGGAGUGCAUGUGGUGUCACUCUUUGUGGACCUCGAGUCCUUUUUCGAUACCAUCCAAUUUCAGCAAUUGAUCAUGGCAGCAACGGCCCUGCAAUAUCCGCUGCUAAUCCUGAAGAUGGCACUGGAAGUGUACAUGGGUGCCAGAUACUUGGUGGCGGAUGGGGUGCUAUCGGCAGGCAUCAGAGCUACAAAUGGCGUGCAAGCGGGUUGCCCAGCGGCGCCAUCGUUAGCAAAGGUGGCAUUGCACCCGGUGAUAGAAAAGAUCCAAAGGCGACGAGAUGUGGCAAACGUGGACUGUUGGUUGGAUGAUGUCUCAAUUGACAUCCAGCAUAAGUCCUUUAAACACGUGGCGGAUAGUGCCAUACGAGUCUACCGCAGCUUAAAGGACGGGAUGGAUGCUAAUGGUUUCACGAUUUCAUCCAAGAAGACAGGGUUUGUGGCCAGCAGUACCCAGGCGAGCAAGCACCUGCGUGAACUCCUGCUGCAUCAUGAGCCACAGGUGUACGACGUGAUGCGUGACCUGGGCGUCGACAGUACAGGGGGGCGAAAGCGUCGCUUGGUGACGUCGGCAACGCGGGCCAAGAAAGCCCAUGCGAGACAUAGCAAACUGUCUAGGCUGGGGCCGCCGCCCAGCACUAAACUCCGCGUGGUCAAGGCAGCGAUCACAUCAGUUGCUUUGUGGGGGCACCCCUCUGUGGGGGUCUCACCCAAAAGAAUGAAAUGGCUCCGAACAGUGGUUGGAAAACACCUGGGUAAAUACAAGCUUGGGAGUUUGGAAACCAUCUUGGACAUGGGAGCCAAGAAAUGCCAGGAUCCAAAGCGCACAAUCCACAAGCAGCAUUUCAAAGUGGUGGCCAAAGUUUUCCGUGCAUGGAUCGGUGGCGGAAAAGCCCACUUUGACUUGGCCUGGAAAACCACUUGGAAGAGGUUGAGUGCGGCCAAACACCACUGGCCACUGGUCACGGGGCCGAUGGCAGCAACCAUGGCGUACUUACUGGAUCUGAAGGUAGAUGCCAGUGACCCAGGCAAAUGGAAGAGAGGAAGUGUCCUCAACGUUGAUUGGACCCAGCCACGCAUGGGUAGCCUCGCCUACAAAUGGCUUGAGGGAUUCCUGGAGGAACAGAAGCGGGCUGCGAUAGCGCGACAGGCAGGUGGCGCUGGUGCCCAAGAGGGGCUGGAUUGGACGCCGCAUCACAAGCUGACGAAGCUGGGAGGCCUCAGCCCAGGCCUUAUGGAAGGUAUAAAGUCAGUGUGGCACGCGGGCGUCAUCACGGAGUCCAAGCCAGGAUGGUGCAAGAAGUGCCAAAUGCCAGCAACUCUGGAGCAUGUCCUCAAGGAAUGUCCUUACUGGCGUGAACAAGGGUUCAAAGAACCCAAGCUCCAGGAAUACUUGCGUCACAAAUACCCAUGGGAGUGUCUGUGGACAAGGGCACUCCUGCCAAAGCCGGCGGUGUGGCACCCGAAGCCGCCGGAACACCUUUUAGGUCUACGUUACCAAGGAUGCUUUGCAGCAGAUGCAAAAGUGGAAGCGGAAGGCUUGAUCUUCGCCACUGACGCAAGUGGAGGUCCAGGAGGAAUAGACCCACGUGUACAAACAUCAGCCCUCGCAGUGGUGGCUAUGUCCUGGACAAAAGGUGUCCUGGUGGAAGCCGGACGGAUUACAGAGCUGGUCUACCCGUGGCAGCCGGUGGUGGACAUGGAGCGCCGUGCACUUUUCCGACUAAUGGAGCACACGGAGGAUCUGAUUGAUGUCACUAUGGAUUGCAAGCCGGCAGUCCAAGUGCUACAAAAAACACAACCGCCGGAGGAUGACCUGGAAUGGAGCAAAGUGUGGAAUGACAGGAAACGUAUCAAGGCAACCUGGGUCCCGUCCCACAAAACUGAAGAGGAAUUCCUGGCGAAGAUGGGGCCGGGCACGUUGUGGCGACGUGCAGCGAAUGACAUGGCAGACAAAGUAUGUGGUGCAGUAGCGGCGGCUGCUUACAGCCCAGCGCACAAGAGGCGUGUCAAAGAGUUGGACAAUGUGGUGCGCACACUUUCCCUGGCGUACGGUGCACGCGCAGCCCACAUACUGAGGAAGCGCAAAGAAGAAGACUUCCCCUUCAUUCUGGACCAUGCGCAUUACAAAGAGAAGAUGGAGGCCUCGCAGAAAGCUGAGGGAUGCAAAAAAGCGCAGGGCAACGCCAAACUCAACAAACGCCAGCGGCUAUGGCAGUUGCUUAAAGACCCGGAGCGCGGGCAUCAAUGGGAGAAGGGCAGCGAACACCCCCGGAAUUUAACACUGAAAUGUCAACUGUGCGGGUUGUAUGUACAACAAACCCUCACGAACUUGGAGGUGGUCUUGGAGCAGUACUGCGUCAACCAGCCGGAGGCGCGAGCCAGACACCCGGAGCAGCCUUGGGAUAGGGAAGAGGAGAGUGCUUCGGAAUCUCCGGUGGGUCCGGUACGCCUACGGGAGAGAGGAGAAGACAGCGCGGCCUCGCACCAAGCUGAGGGUGUCAAUACAGAGCAAGAGGCAAGCGAGCCUCGAACAGUUACGCUGGCGGAAGGGCCAGGAUAUGCUCUGGAUCGGCUAUGGGUCAUGAAACUGGCGAUGGAACCCCAGAGCUUUGGCAACGAAGCAGGGUAUGGGGAACAAUUCCCCACCCUGGUCACCAGGACCCUGUGGGCAGGAUGGAUUGGAGUCCUUUUCGAUGAAGCGGUGGAGGGUUACUGCCACCACUACUUCUAUGGAAGUAUCAUCCGCAGGGCAGAGCUGUUCAACACAUGGUGGCAGGAACAUCGCCAUGAAGCCGGGGUCCUCAGACAGUCCCUGUUUUACCUGGUGGCUAUAACGUCAUGGCUGACCAUGCAAGGAGUUGCUCUAUCGGAUGUCACGGUGAGCAACGUUGGGCGCGACCCAAUGUCAGGAUCGUUACCACGGGCAGUGUUCUUUGACACGGCGGAGUGGACGAUGCUGCAGGAGGAGAGAUACAAGCUAUCAAGCGGCCUUGUACGCCUCCUGGAGAAGUAUGAUGAGGAGCUACUGGCAACCAUACGUGGAUUGGUCAGAACGUACGACGGCAAGGCCAGCGCGCUUUGGAUGGCGUGCGUAGGCAAUGUCGGGCCAUUUGCCCAGGUCUUCCCUCUAGGGGUCGUGCAAGCUGAGACCCCGGGUGGUCUCAGCGGAUGGACACCAGCUCGUCUUCGAGCGAUUCGAGCAUCAGCUGGGAUUGGCCGCCUCUGCCUCAGCGUGCUGCAUUUCGACCAGUCCUCAUCCGGCCUCGCUGCUUCCAUCUUGACCUGCUUGAGCGCCGAGUGGCUGCGCUUGGUUCCGUUUGGCUUGCAGUGGCCACAGGAUCCACGCGUGCACCCGACAGCUUUUGCAGCUGUCUGCUUGAUCAGAGUGCCGUCUGAUGUCCGCGCCCGGCUCAAGUUCCGCACCGCCCAUGUUAGCUGCUUUGACAUCGACAGGUUGCUUGUGGAGGCACAGCUUGCUGCAAUUCCUGACAACAUGCCUAAAUUCCCUUGGGAAACCGGAUCGUUCAAGGCCAUCUUUGGUGAGGGAAUGGCCGGUGUGUUGUCUCCACCAGUGCUGAGGCAACCUUCUCUUGUGCCCAUACCUGGGGUUGCCUCCCCUCCGCCGGAACCUGCGCCCGUGCAGAGUGCUUCUGGGAAACGCAAGCAUGCGCAUUUGUUUCAUGAGUGUUCUGCUAAAGCCUCCAGAGAUGAAAAUGCUGACAGUGAUGAGCAUUUGUGGAACAUCGCUUUGAGCAAGUGGGUUACUGUGUUCAUUUUGUGCGAGCACCAGGGAAGCACAGGUGCCAUGCUUCAGGACAGCUUCUGGUCCGAGGACGGCACUGCUCGGGAAGAUAUCAUCCGUGAUGUCUUGGGGUUGAAGGCUCCGAGAACAGCGUCAAAGAGAGCCAAUGACUUGUUGCGUUGUUUCCGGUGGCAUGUAGAGCAAGGCAAGUCCCCGUGGCCCUGGAGCAUCAAGUCUCUUUCGUGUUAUAUCGAGUCACUAAAGGGUACUAAAGGGUAUGCAAGUGCCACUGCUACUCUGUUUCAGGCCAUCAAUUUUGCGCAUCAUGUGGUCGACAUCCCCUUUAGUGCUGAGAUCUUGAGCGACAGGCGCCUUCAGGGCAGGGCGAAGAGGCUGAUUGCUGAUAGUGGUCCCCUGAAGCAAGCCACAGCAUUGCGUGUUGAGCAAGUCAUCCAACUUGAAAUUCGAACGACCUCCAGCGAGACUUGUGUGCAAGACAAGUUCCUUUUGGGCGGGAUGCUUUUCACGCUAUACUCUAGAUCGAGGUGGUCCGAUCAUCGCUUGCUUGAUUUUAUCUUGUUUGACGAAUGUGGGGCUCCUACUGAAGGUUUUAUUGAAGCACAGACCUCCCAUCACAAGACUAGGAAUUGCAAGAAAGCUGCCAAGCGUGCCAUGCCACUGGUUGCCCCCAUGUUCAGCUGGUCAGGCCAUGACUGGGCCAGUGCAUGGUACCAAGCAGGCGUCGAACUUGGGUUUCCGUGGGAUGCAUCUCCCUUAGGACCUUUGGUGAGGGUUCCGGGUUUUUCAGGGGUCUCUAAGCGGAAAUGCAGCAGCGCAGAGGCGUCAGCCAUCCUACGGAGUGCCUUGGAAGUGGAUGCUUCUUCAGGGGUAUCAUCACACUCCCUCAAGGUCACCACUCUGAACUGGUGUGGCAAGAGGGGUUUGCCCGAGUUCGAUUGUUUGAUGUUGGGUCACCAUGUCACUGGGUCCAAAUCGCGUGCGGUCUACUCACGUGAACUUCUCAGCGCACCGCUGCGCUCCUAUGUCGCCAUGCUGAAGGAAAUCAAAGCAGGGGUGUUCAAACCAGAUGCCUCCAGGUCGGGUUGGUUGUCCGACUGCGCCGCUUUUGCACCUUCACAUGCAGACUUUCGUUUUGAUAACCCGAAGCGACGUGGGAUCCUUGCUAGUGAACCUGCCGUGUCUCCCUGCGAUAUGUUGGGCCCAGAUGCAGGUGCGUGCGCCCCUCGCUCCCCACAGGAGUUUCCGGAGAGCCCGCUUCUUGCACAGGAUGCACCUGGCGAGUUUAUGGAAGGUGGAGUUCGGGAUCAUGCUGAUGAUGACGUUGAUGAGACAUCCCCUCCCUCCUGGGGGGGUGCCUUGCCUGACAACACUGCCCUGCCCGGUGUUGAGUCUGAGCGCGAUGCAGGGGAUGCAAGUAGCGAUGAGUCAGAUAGCAGUAGCUCGAGUGACAGCAACGCGUCCUCAGGGCAAUCGAUUGCCGAGGAGGGCAUCCUUCGGAAUGCCGGAGCUGCCCAAAGUUUUGAUGUGCCGGGCCCGUUAUGGCAGCACAGAGGUUCAAAGAUGCUGCACAAGGCGGUGCAAGGCUCGGAGAUGACCAAGUGCUCGCGUAGAACGGGUGGGAAUGCCUACCUGUAUCUUCCUGAGGGCUCUGUGUCGAAAUGGACACGCUGCUCGACAUGUUUUCGUGGUGAACUGAUCACCUCGAAAGGCGGUAUGGUGGCUGCCUUAGACGCGCUGAGCGCACCCAGAGCAUCCACAUGA